AGAGAGAGGUGGAGAGACACUGGGCAACAGUGAGCGAGGGAGGAAGCUGCCUGCAGGCUGGGAGUGGUCGGACGUAUAAAAGACAACUAGUCUUCCUUCUUUCGACAUUUGACUUCUGUUACCCUUCUCCCUUACACCCGAGACUGCACCUGACCAGGAUGUCGUGGGACGGUUACAUCACUAAUCUGACUGCUCACGGCAUGAUCGAUGAUGCAGCCAUCUGGGGCAAAAAACCUGGGGAAGAGUCUCAGUGGGCCGCAUCACCAGGCCUCAGCAACAUUUCGGUGGAGGAAAUUAGGAGGCUGGCUGGUGACACAAACGCUCUGUUCAGCAAUGGCCCUACCAUUGGGGGAAUGAAGUGCAGGCUUCUCCAAGAUAAUUCUGAUGACCCCAAUGUACUCAGCAUGAAUCUGAAGUCAGUGAAAGAUGAACAGGGCAACACCCGCUCUGUAUGUGUUGGCGUCAGCAAAACAGCUCUAGUCAUAGCUAAGGGAUCAAUAGAAUCCAUUGGGGGUACGUUGGUUCAACAGGUGCACCCGAUUGUCAAACACCUGAAGGACAACAAUUUUUAAGACUUCCUGAACCAACCAGACAAGACGACCGCCACCCCCUCCUCCAGCUGACUGUCUUAGCGUAUCGACUCACUGGCCGCUGUUCUGAGCUUCUUUAGUUUUUUAUUAUUUUAAUUCUGCCAUCAGGGAUAAUAAAAAAAGUGUUCCAAGUUGUAUUCCAUGUCAUGUGUGAUUGAUGAAACUGAACACACACACAGUGGUGAUGAACCAUGUGUGAAGGUGUGUUAGCGUGUUCAAAUCUGAUCUUACUGCAGGGAGCCAGUGUUACAUUUUUACAGAUAUUAUGAAUCUCUGUCCAGUCACACCUCUGUUGAAACAAAUCACACGCCUUAAAAAUAAAAAGACCAAAAUGUUUAUUCUUAAGAA